UAUGUAAAGGUGUUCGAACGUAAUCAAAGGAUCGAGAAUAAUAUAUCUUCGCGAAAGAGAAGAAAAUGCAGUCGACUUGCCAGCAGCAACAGGCCCAGCCAGGUCAGAACGGGACAUCGGCGAGCAGAACCUCGUUUUUGAUCGAAGACAUUUUGAGCCGUGGCACAGCACCCCCGCAUUCCCAUCACCAGCUUCACCACCAACACCUGACGUCCGCCCACGGGGUGCAGCAUCAACAAUACCAACAAUUCGCCAGCUUGUUGCCCGGUUACCCUUCCGCACCACCCACGGCCACUUUCUUCCUCGGACCGCUUUUCGGUAACACCGCAAUGGGGGUUGGAGUGGUGCCGGGAGUUACCGAACUCGCGGCCUUGAAGCACUGCCGCCGACGAAAGGCAAGAACAGUGUUCAGCGACCAACAAUUAGCGGGUUUGGAAGCUAGAUUCGAGGUGCAGAGGUAUCUGAGCACGCCUGAAAGGGUCGAGCUCGCGGCGGCUCUUCACCUCUCCGAGACCCAAGUGAAAACGUGGUUUCAAAACAGGCGGAUGAAGCAUAAGAAACAAUUGAGGAAAUUGAACACCAGCGCGGGAAGCAAUGGAAAUCAGAAUUCCAAUCAGCAGUGCAACCAAUCAGUUUCCGUUACAUCACCCGCCGAACGGCCGGUGGAUUUUUCUCUGAGCGGCGGCCGAGAAUCACGGGCGAGCAGCGACGCGCCAGUGGAUUCGGACGACGACGAAAUCGAUGUGCUGGGUGACGAGACGCCAUCACCUACGCGAACGACCAACAUCCACGUUUCCAGACGCACCACCGGUUCACCGACCGGUUUUCAUCAGCUCACUUAUCGCCAUUCCGUCACUUUGUCUCAUCAACCGACCCAACAACCCAUUCAACGUGCUCAACAUCGCUGAAACGAGAUGGCGGAAGGAUGAUGGUGGUGAUGAUG